UUUUUUUUUCUUUUACCCGAGAAUGGAUAGCGCUGGAGCACAAUUUUGUUCAGGCGGGAGUUGGUCGCCUACAGUGACGUAAUUCAGGAGCACCAACAGAAUCAUGGCGGCCACCGGCAACAAAUCAGUUCUCUUCGUUUGUCUGGGGAACAUUUGCAGGUCACCCAUUGCUGAAGCCGUGUUUAGGAAGAUGGCAACUGAUACUGGAGUGGUUGAUCAGUGGGUCAUAGACAGUGGCGCCACAUCUGACUGGAAUACAGGCAGCUUACCGGAUAACCGCGGUCUGGCUUGUCUCAGGAAGUAUGGCAUUGAGACAAGCCAUAAGGCUCGACAGGUGACCAAAGAUGACUUCAUGAGCUUCGAAUAUAUCCUCUGCAUGGAUGAGAGCAACCUGAGCGACUUGAAAAGAAAGGCCAAUUCAGUGAAAAACUGCAGAGCAAAGAUCGAGCUUCUCGGGUCAUAUGAUCCUCAGAACCAGCUGAUCAUUAAAGACCCAUAUUAUGGAAGUGAUGAAGACUUUGAGAAGGUGUAUGAACAGUGUCUACGCUGCUGCAAAGCAUUCCUGGAGAAGAACUCCUAACAAGAUCCCAUCAUGAAGCACUUAUGACUAAAUUUAACAGCUGAACACGGUCUACCUUGAUACAUCUUUACUGUCAGAAAACCAAGUCAAUGUAUCUGUUCUGCGUCUGUCAAUGAAACACCACCACAGCGCUAUUCUACAGUAUUGUAGAUGUUUUAGCAAUGACAUUAACACACUGCUGCUUCUACAGGUUUAUCUGGAUCAUUAAAGAGAAUCAUUUACUUCAAAAACUGU